GUAAGGGGUUUGAUACGGCAGUCUCUAGAUUGUCAUUUCUUGCUCCCCACUUUAUUGUGGUCCCGGUAGCGAAGUUUAAUGCGUGACUAUUGCCCUGGCUUGAGGUUUGACGUUUUGGCAUCUCUCUUUGUCGGCUGUCCCAAAGUCAUGGCUGAUUAUACAUCCCGUUCUUUAUCCACUUGAUUGCUCGAAAAGAUGGAAAACAUCGCUUCCCAACUUCUCAAACUUUCUUCAGAUAUCACUUUACUAGAUUCCACAUGCCCAAAUCGAACACUUCACACAACCGCGAACGUGCGGAUCUGGGUUCACCUCACCAGGUCCGGACGGAGCGGUCGGAAACAACAAUAUCUAACGAAUACCCUACAUACCAAUUGCCGCCACAGUUUUGGGAUAACCUCUCCAAGAUCUGGCUCACCAAAAACGCUUUGAGAGAACUGAAGCGAAGGAACGAGCAGCAAGAGAAGCGGUUACCGCCUCCUCAAUCACACCGACCAGUCACUCGAAGUUUCCCCGCAACAAUUAGACGGUUUUCUCGCAAAGGGGGGCCAGACCUGUCUGAUCUCAGAGGCUAUCCAGAACCGAGACACCGUACAAUGGGUUGCAAUAAAGAUAGCUCUCGCAGUCGCCGCACACAUGGCACCAAAGAUCGCUCUCGCAGUCGCCGCACACAUGGCACCAAAGAUCGCUCGCAAGCAAAGGAUCCGAAAACUACCACAAGCUUUAUUAAAAGCAUAGGACCCUACGAUAGGAACUUUGAACAGGCUCUUACGGAUGGUGGCAUAUUCCACGAUCAGUAUCGCUUCCCUGAUGGUCAGGUUAAACCAAAACCGGGAAACUGGGCUCUGAUCAAUGAAAGGGCAUCGCAACGCCGGGAAUCGCUAUCAUCAUCAACUUUUUCGGAUGCAGCAUAUGCGAAGUUCCUACAGAUCACUGAAAAUGCGAAGCACGAACACCAACUCACAACAUCCGUGAUUCCCAUCAUUGCAGGCGAAAUCCGGGACGAAGAUUGUGCUUCGGGAAAAAUCCCUUUGACGAAUCUAAGACAACUGACGGACGAUAUGUUUGUUCCUGGAAAUCCGGACCUAUACUACGGUGCUCGUCCGGAGCAACUUAAUAAAAGGGUUCGAGAUGAUCUUUGCGACCUGAUCAUACCUUCAACUUUAACUAGUCUUCCCAUUGCGCCAAACUUCUUCCUUCACGUGAAGGGUCCACUCGGCAUGUUCCCUGUGGCUAAAUCGCAAGCAUUGUACGACGGCACACUAGGAGAACGAGGCCAAAUCAGUUUAGAGUCUUGGAUACAAGGUGGGACAGUAUUUGACGACAACGCCCAUACUAUUACGGCGACAUACCAUAAUGGCCUGCUCAGAUUGUACUCAAUACAUUCUGCCCAGUCUAGUGAUCACGGCGGCCGUCCUGAGUACCACAUGAACUUCAUCCAAGCGUACGCGAUGGUAGGUGGUGCGGAACAAUUCCGUCAGGGAGCGAGGGCGUUCAGAAAUCUGCGGGACUAUGCAGAAGAGCUUAGAAACGAUGCAAUCCGUCGAGCGAAUGACAGGGUCCGAAGGAUCGAGAGGGCUGAAGCGGAAGGUGUGGCAAUUGAGGAUCUACAGGUUGAGUCUUCAGGUAAUCCACCCCCUGCCACUCCUGUCCAGGAUGAAGGGGCCACUCCCGUCCAGGAUGAAGGGACCACUCCCGUCCAGGAUAAAGAGAUCACUCCCGUCCGUGAGCGAGUAAUGGAAGCUUUGGAAGAUCAGUCGACACCAUCGCGGAAACCCUCAGACCAACUCGAUGAACACCAAGCAAAGCGUCGCAAGGUCAAUUCGGCUUAAUUUCUGGACAUACAGAGUGGCUCCAAAACACGUCCUGGGUAUCAAGGCUGUUUGUGGUUGUCGCGAGUUGCGAUGAGGCCUGGCUCAUCAGGUUGGACAACGUGGUGGUACGACAUGCGGCAUACACGGGGCUGGGUUCUUUCCAGAGCCUAGUGGUAUGGGGUGUUCGUUGGACAAUAGCCUCGGUGCUAUGUGGUGGAUCAAGAACUUUGAAAGGUAUGGGGGCAUAUAGAGGGAGUGUUGUUUCUUAGGAAGGGCGGGAUGUUUGAUUUAUCAAGUUUCUUAGAUAGGUAAUG